AUGCCCAGAAAGGAGUUUAAGUUAUAUAAAGUGAAACGAACAUUAUCUCCUUUGAAUCUUCCUGAUGUGACGGUGAAAGAAGCACUGGACAGAGUUGACAGGUCAGUUACAGGACUGAUUGCACAGCAGCAAUGUGUUGGACCAUUACAUACACCAUUAGGUGAUGUUGCCGUGACAGCACUCUCACAUUUUGACAUUGUUGGGUCUGCUACAUCCAUUGGUGAACAGCCAAUUAAAGGCCUUGUUGACUCAGGAUGUGGUGCCAGAAUGUCUGUAGCUGAAUCAUUAACCAAUCUAGUGUUUGCAACUCUGCACAGUACACUGGUGGGUGAUGGCUUUAUUCCCAUGGUUGACUUGUCAGCUCUACACAGUGCAAUGGUGGGUGAUGACUUUAUUCCCAUGGUUGACUUGUCAGCUCUACACAGUGCACUGGUAGGUGAUGACUUUAUUCCCAUGGUUGGCUUGUCAGCUCUACAUAGUGCACUGGUGGGUGAUGGCUUUAUUCCCAUGGUUGACUUGUCAGCUCUGCACAGUACAAUGGUGGGUGAUGGCUUUAUUCCCAUGGUUGACUUGUCAGCUCUACAUAGUGCACUGGUGGGUGAUGACUUUAUUCCCAUGGUUGACUUGUCAGCUCUGCACAGUGCACUGGUGGGUGAUGACUUUAUUCCCAUGGUUGGCUUGUCAGCUCUGCACAGUGCACUGGUGGACAAACCUAAAGUUGGAAUUAUACGUGAGGAAGGCAGCAAUGGUGACAGAGAAAUGAUAUCAUCAUUCUACAUGGCUGGAUUUGAGGUGUGGGAUGUCAACAUGCAGGAUUUAUGUACGGCAAAAGUCACAUUGGAUCACUUUCGUGGUGUUGUGUUUGUUGGAGGGUUCAGCUAUGCAGAUGUGUGUGGGUCUGCCAAAGGAUGGGCGGCAGCAGUUUUAUUUAACCAAACAGUUCGUGCACAGUUUGAUGCUUUCCGUGCUCGUCAUGAUACUUUCUCUCUUGGUGUAUGUAAUGGCUGUCAACUAAUGGGACUUCUUGGAUGGAUAGCACCUGCUGACAUUCAAGACCAAGAUGGUGACUGUGCCUCUGCUCAACAAGGCGUCUUCUUGACUCACAAUAACUCAGAGAGAUUUGAAUCUCGUUUUGUGAGUGUCCAGAUUCAGUCAAGUCCAGCUAUAAUGUUGAAAGGAAUGGAUUGCUCCACACUUGGUGUUUGGGUGGCACAUGGUGAAGGUAAUAUGAAGUUUCUGAAUGAUGAGAUUCUACAAAAUGUGCUCAAAAAUAACCUUGCUCCUAUACGUUAUGUAGAUGAUAUCGGUGAUGUUACAACACAAUAUCCAUUAAAUCCAAAUGGUUCUCCCAAUGGCAUUGCUGCACUUUGCUCACGUGAUGGCCGCCAUCUUGCCAUGAUGCCGCAUCCAGAGAGAUGUACCUUAGUUUGGCAGUGGCCAUGGAUGCCUAAUGAAUGGAGGAAAACUUUAAAAGUAUCACCUUGGUUACGCAUGUUUCAAAAUGCUUGUGUGUGGUGUCUUGAAAAUCAGUCUUAACAAUAAAACUAUUUCACUAAAACAGCUCAGUUAUAAAUCAGAAUUCCUGCUAAGACCAAAUCAAAUAGUGUGUUUCUAGUUUGCCUUGCAACAUUGCUUUGCAUUUUGAGUUUUUAACAGACACUGCUGUCCUGAAAAGAUCCAAGGGACAUAAGGUGUCUCACUCAACAACAAUGUAUGUUUGUAUAAAUCGAAUCCUUUGUGUUCACAAUGUUGUUUGAAUAGUCUAGUGUCUAGGAUAUCACAAUAAAAACUCACAUUACCUACAUUUGUAAAUUAAUUGACAGUUAUACUCAACUAAUCUCUUGUCAAAGAAAUCAUGCAUGACUUCUAGCCAUAAAAAAAACAUGAAAUAUAAAAAUUUUGAUGAAUGAUUGAAUAUUAUGAGCAUUCUAAAUUUGAGUACCCAUGUAAAACCUGUUUAGUAUGCAAAUGAGUAUUGCCCAUGGUUGAAGUCUUCUGACAUUGAUGCAGGGUAAAGUGUUACAGGAAUCAAUUUGACACAACAGUUAAUAGUAUAUAUUGAUAAAAAAACUAGUUACAUUUACUGUUCAUUGUAGAUAACACAAAACUACGUAUAGUAUUCAACUUUUGUAUUUUAAUUGAUUCCAUUAGUUUGUGCUUGCGUAAUAAAGAUUCAAUAGGUCUG